CAACAACAACAACAACAGCCGCAGCAGCAGCAGCAACCUCAGCAAUGCACUUCGCCUCAGUCUGGCAAUGUCACACCAUCUACACCUGGCUGCCUGAGAGAGAGGCCUCCUCGCAAGAAUCACAAUGACUCAUACAAUUCCUAUCGCGAAGACCCCUCCAGACUUCACGCCUCUGCGCUCCAAAGUAAGUCACCAAAGGAGCACAGGGGAGAUUCCUAUCAAAGUAAGCCACCCAAGGAUCACAACGGCGGGGAACCUCCACCGAGCACGUCAGCCAAGGAGCACCGAGGAGAACCACCUUCAUACCCCUACCCCCCACUUCCCACCUCCCCUCCUGUCCAGCAGCAACCGCCGCCUCAAGAUCCAGCCGAUAAGAGCAAAAGCAUCACUUCUUUCCCUUAUAAAACUGACACUCUGACCAAAAAGAAAGAAGGAAGUGGUGGCAACGGAACUGGCGAGAAGCAAUCCAAAAGGUUUGGACUCAGGCUCUUCAGACUGAGUUUCAAGAAGGACAAAAUGCGGCAGCUGGCCACCUUCUCAGCCCAGUUCCCCCCAGAGGAGUGGCCUCUUCGUGACGAGGAUGUGCCAACCACACCCAUUCCCCGCGAGGUGGAGAUGGAGAUCAUCCGCCGAAUCAACCCCGACCUAACAGUGGAGAAUGUGGCAAGGCACACGGCUGUGAUGAAGAGGCUGGAGGAAGAGCGUACGCAGAAGAACAAGGCGGGGUCUUCAGCCCAGCACAGUGCACGCAGCAGGAGGGGGAGGGGCCACCGGAGGGCUCCACAUGGUAAGUCCCGCUCUCAUAGCAAACCCCGGACCUCUAGGGGAGACCCAUCUGAGGGUUCAAACUGGGACCUCGUGUUCAUGGAAAGAGAUUACCGCUUCUUUAGCCACUCGUUAGUUCGCUCGCCUCGGGAGGCCAUGUACACCUUGGAGCGCAGGCGAAGUGGAGGUGCAACAUACCUGGUCCACAGCAACCCCAACAUUACUGAAUCGUACUGCCCUGUUACCCCCGAGUGGGACGUGUCUGGGGAGCUAGCCAAGAGACGGACAGAGAUGCCCUUCCCAGAGCCAUCACGUGGAACGUGCCAGUCCAGAGUGCAAAGAAGUCACAGUCACAAUCAGGACAGGAAGUCGCGUCAUGAGAGGUCCGAUCAAGCUAAAGAACGAUCUCGGUCCAUGGACAACUCUCUCAAGGGCCUGUCACUGGGUGCGCCAGAAGACUUUGAACCCAGUCUGGAGGAGCGUAGUCAUUACUACACUGAUGACGGCACCCUGCGGGCCACGCAGAAGUCCUCCCACUACUCAAGGAUUAUGUUCUCUGCUGCUAAGUUCCACUCUGAUUUUAAUGUGCCUGAUUUGGGGAAAGGGAGUUUGGACGAGUCAAGGAUCCGGAGUACGAUGGAGAGGAACAAAAGCAGAGACAGCUUGCCAACGUACAAUGAGCUAAUGGGACUUUCUCCUAAGCCCUCAACAGAUGAGUACUUCCAGUGCAAUACGUCAAAUGAAACAAUCCUAACUGCCCCUUCGCCUCAGGCAAAAUCAGAAUAUGACACAUUAACCUCAUCAGGGGGACUCCGAAAGGGCUCUCCGGCUGACCGCCAAACGCCUCACCUCACCUCUCCACAUACGAUGGAGUACAAAGAGGACUUGUCGGCAGCAAAGGGACAAAACGGCUCGGUGCGACUGACACCAAGCCAGACGCCAGAGCCGGUGCAAAAUGCCCGUUUGACGCCACACCAACACAAUGUAGAUCCCGGAGGGGGAGGAGGCGGUAUGGUGAUCAAGAGGAAAGAGAUCUUCAGCAAGGACACUUUGUUCAAACCUCCACACAAUGCCUUGUCCACAGGCUACGUGGACAGCAGCUACACCAAGUCCGGCACAUUGCGGAAAGCCUCACAUGCCAAAUCAACAGAGGCCCUAGACAAUCCUGAGCCCCAGCAGCCUUCCAAUUCAGCCACUUCCUCAGCGUCACCUGCAGUUUUACAGGGCUGCUUAGAGCCAACAGUCCCCUCCGCCUCCUUUGACUAUUAUAAUGUAUCAGAUGAUGAGGAAGAAGAAGAGGCAGAGGAGGACUCGCACAAAGAGUUGGCGACAACAGAGGACAACAAAGACCACGGGGAAGUGGGUGGUAACGGUGGAGGCGGCGGUGGUGGUGGGGAGGGAACCAUGCAGUGGCUCCUAGAGCGAGAGAAGGACCAUGAUCUGCAGCGGAAACUGGAGACCAAUCUGACCUUACUCAGCCCCAAGGAGACGGAGAACAGCAGCAGCCAGAAGUCGGCCCACUCUGCCCGUUUGGACAGCAUGGACAGCAGCAGUGUCACAGUGGACAGUGGAUUCAACUCCCCCAGGACACGUGAAAGCCUUGCAUCCAACACAUCCAGCAUUGUGGAAAGCAAUAGACGGCAGAAUCCAGCGCUGAGCCCAGGCCACAUUGGCACCAGUAGUAUGGGACUGCCAUUCAGCUUUCGCGCUAUCCCAGAGCCCCCCACCACACAGCCUGAGAAACUCCAGAAGUCAUCGAACUGCCUGGCCUCCAUCACCAGCGUCUGACAGGCAGCACAGACUGAGACCGUGAACGUGGUGGAGGAGAGAGGAAGAGAGGUGUUUCACCAUUUUGACCCUCGUUUUCCUCAGCCAACACACACAUACAUACACAUGAAAAAAACACGCACUCACACACACACAUCUUCAGACUCCUGAGAAUCCAUUUACUGGGACUGUUACAAAAACAGGCAUGGCUUCAAGAGACUGUUCCCACAGCUUCAAGAACUUUACUGCAAAAAAAGAGAAGAAAAACUACAGAAUAUCAAGACCACAGGAGGUGAAGAAACCUACCUGAAGUACUUUGAUUUUGGUGACAUGGACUCUAGUUUGGCUUAUAUCAAGAUUCUUGAUUAUUGGUAUUGGAAAGUAGUAGACUAUAGGAUUCAAGUUACAUUUGGAAAUAUCAAAAAACUUUUUAUAUUACUUAACAAUACAUGUCCAAUUAAAUGUUCUCCUUCCUGAAAUAGCGUCAAGUUCUUCAGGACGAUUCAAUGUAUCAGCACAAUGUCGAGACAAUAAAAGUUGAUCCUGAGAACAACGAAUGAAAGAUAUAAAAACAUAAAUCAGCUCAGAUUUGUGUACCGCAAUGCAAAUGAUGUAUGUAUACUCGAUACUUUUGAUAUCCUAAUUAUUAUAAUGGUGGUAUUAAAGAUGCUAU